GUCAGCGAGGACCGUGUCUCAGAAUCCACAUAAGUCAGACAAGGCCAUUGUCUUGGAUGCGCGCCUCCUACCCUUAGACACUGACCAUGACUGGAGCACUGAGCAUCAGAAUUGCUAUCAUGGGACCCUCUGGAAGCGGCAAGACGACAUUCAUCAAUGAAGCUAGUGGAACUGACUUCGCAGUCGGAAAGGGUCUAGAGAGUUGCACCAACGAGGUGCAAGCAACGAAACCCUUCAAGCUCAACGGCCGGGAAGUGACAUUGAUCGACACUCCCGGCUUCGACGAUACCAGCCGUAGUGAUACGGACAUCUUGGCAAUGAUAGGAGCAUACCUCUCGCAGACAUAUGAGCACGGUGCCAAACUUGCUGGCAUCAUCUACAUGCACCGCAUAUCAGAUUUCCGGAUGGGAGGAACAAAUAAACGGAAUUUCAAGAUGUUCCGAGAGCUCUGCGGGGAGUCCACUCUGCGUAACGUGUUGAUCGUGACGAACAUGUGGAGUGAAGUCGCUUCUGACCUUGGGGAAAUUAGGGAGAAGGAGCUAGAGAAUAAUUUUUUCAAAGCGGUCCUCGACAAGGGUGCGCGGAUGUUGAGGCAUGAAGGCACGCGCGAAUCGACGCACCGCGUCCUACGAUACCUGAUCCAUAAUCAACCUGCGACGCUCCUCAUUCAAAAGGAGCUCGUGAACGAGCACAAGAAUAUCGUACAGACCUCUGCAGGGUCUGAGCUAACACGAGUUCUGAACGAGCAGCGAGAGCGCCACGAAGAAGUAAUGGCUCAGAUGCGCAAAGAUAUGGAGGCAGCGAUCCGAGAUAAGGACCUCGAAACGAAGGAGGAACUCAAAGAGGAGAUUCGGAGUAAGCACGACCAAAUUCUGAAGUUGCAGGGCGAAAAGGACCGGCUGGAGGCAGAGUUCAAAGCCGCGAAGGAGAGGCUCGACGCUCGAAUCAGCGCAAUGGAAGAGAAGCACCGCGAGCAAGGACGGACUGUAGACGCCCUGCAGGAACAGCUGGAGAUGGAGAGAAAAGAGAGGGAAAAGCUGGCCGUCGAACAGGAACAGAAGGAACAACGGUUACGUCGCCUGGAGGAGGACAAUGCCAGAGCUCAGGAACUGGAGCACCUUGACAGCGUCCGUGAACUGGAUAGACUUGCUGCUGUUCGUGUGGAGCUACAGCAAGAGCUUCGCAAGGAAGAGCAGCAGAGCACGACGGAGCCAGAAGUCAAUGAAGGUGGGCUAAUAGAGAAUGUGGUCACCUGGGUGAGGUCAUGGUGGUCAUGACGUGAA